GAGUCCACAUGUGUUCGAACAGUAAAAAGAUGUAAAGAGCUCGAGCUCUCAAAGAAUAUUAAUUUUCUCAAUUAUCCUUUGUUUAUUUACGGUGUAAAAAUGGCAUAAAGGAGACAAGGAGAGGUAUUAAGACCAGUGAUAGUGAAAUGAAACGCUAAAUUGAAGCGAUAAAAAGUUUUUUUCUUACCUGGAGAGACAUUUGAGUUCAUUGACUUCUUUUUUCAUAAAAAAAGUGUCCAAGUUUAGAAUUCGAAGCGACGAAAUCUUAAUGUUCAGCGCAUAAUUUAUGAAGGACAGUUUCUUGUUAUGUUCUUUUAAUUGAAGACAAGGUUUAAGAAGACAAGAUAGGAUAAGAGGAAAACAUUAUAAAAAUAUACAUAAUUAAAUAUGUCGAACACGAAUAUAUCAGUAACAAACAUCAAUUGCCCUAGUGAAUCAUCGGAAAAUAUUGUGGGUGAACAGGCGUCGAUAGAUGGCAAUGUACGCAUCACAAUACCGAAAAUUGAAGAUAAUUCGGACAAUUCAGAUAGUGAAUUGGAGUUGUCGAAUAUUGAAAAGACUGCAACCUGCAAUGUAAAGAGUAGCAAUGGACAAAGGCCAAUGUCAUGGGAAGGAGAAUUAUCGGAGAAUGAAGAAAUGAUGGAAGUUGAGAAAUCAAGUCCGGUUGAGAUGGCUGAGAUAAAGCCGGAAGUGAUUACACCAACUGAGAACAUCACAAAUAAUAAUUUAAAUAUAGUUCAGCAACUUAAAGUGCCAGCUUUUAGUUCGGUGACGACAAAAAAGUUUCCUGACAUUGUCAAUUUGAAAUUCGAGCCUGGAGUAGCUGGAAGUAGUGCGUAUCAAGAGGCUCUCAUUCAGAACAGUCCAUUGCUUGUACGAUCAAAACAACAAUCACUUUUGCCUGCAAAUCCAAGUCCUGAUUCUGCUAUUCAUUCGAUUUACACUCAAAGCUCACCGAGCCAAUCGCCAUUGACAUCACGACAUGCUCCAUACACGCCUUCAUUAAGUCGCAAUAAUAGUGACGCUUCACAUAGCUCAUGUUACUCGUACAGUUCUGAAUUUAAUAGUCCAACGCACUCACCUAUACAAGGUCGACAUUUGAUCUAUGCUCAAGUGCCACCACCAUCGUCAUCACAACAAUUCAAUGGAACAUUGCAUCACUCAAUGCUUUAUCGACCUCUAAUUGAUGGCGAACAACAAAACUUUCGUCUGGGUACGACUGAAGAAAAUAAUAAUGAUCAACAAGAUCCUGGAAUACCAACAACAGCUGGAAUUUCACGACAACAACUCAUCAACAGUCCAUGUCCAAUUUGUUCUGAUAAAAUUUCUGGUUUCCAUUAUGGAAUCUUUUCCUGUGAGUCGUGUAAAGGAUUUUUCAAACGUACAGUGCAGAAUCGAAAGAAUUAUGUUUGUUUACGUGGUGCAGCAUGUCCAGUAACGAUAGCAACAAGAAAGAAAUGUCCAGCCUGUCGUUUUGAAAAAUGUCUUCAAAAAGGAAUGAAACUUGAAGCAAUUCGUGAAGAUCGUACGAGAGGUGGGCGAUCAACGUAUCAAUGUUCUUAUACACUUCCAGUGACAUCACUUCCACAUCAACAAACUAUGGGAAUGGAUGGACAAUUUAAAAUGAAUGGAAAUAAUGUGAAAAGUGAAGGCGGUGAAAACAGAGCAAUAAAUGGCACAAGUGAACAUGUCAUGAAACCAGGCGUGCCAGCAUUACUUCAGGAAAUUAUGGAUGUUGAAUAUUUAUGGCAAUAUAAUGAAAGUGAAUUGACGAGACUCAAUCAACCGACAACAAGUUGCUCCAGUGAUCAACAUCAAUCAUCAUCAGAUGCGAUUAAAAAUAAUCCGUUCCUUGCAAGUGCCGGUGUCACGAACGAUAAUUCAAAUCCCGAUAUGAUUGCAACACUUUGUAAAAUUGCUGAUCAUCGGCUUUAUAAGAUUGUGAAAUGGUGCAAAUCGCUACCGUUAUUUAAAAAUAUUUCGAUUGACGAUCAAAUCUGCCUGCUUAUAAACUCUUGGUGUGAACUUUUGUUGUUUUCAUGUUGCUUUCGAUCCAUCACAACACCGGGUGAGAUUAAAAUUUCACUUGGAAAAUCGAUAACUCUUGCACAGGCAAAACUAAGUGGACUUCAUGUUUGCAUUGAACGAAUGCUCAAUCUAACGGAUCAUUUACGUCGAUUGAAAGUCGAUAAAUAUGAAUAUGUAGCCAUGAAAGUGAUAGUUUUAUUGUCAUCAGACACAGCUGAACUUAAAGAACCAGAAAAAGUGAGGGCAAGUCAAGAGAAGGCACUUCAAGCGUUGCAAGCUUACACUUUAGGUCAUUAUCCUGAUUCACCAGCAAAGUUUGGAGAACUUUUGUUGAGGAUUCCUGAGCUUCAAAGAACGUGUCAGGUGGGGAAAGAAAUGUUAACAAUCAAGCCUAAAGACGGUGAAGAUGAACCUUCAUUUAACUUACUUAUGGAACUUCUUCGAGGUGAACACUAAUCAACGGCAAUCAUUUUAACAAAUUCAAGUUCACUUGAAUCAUUGUGAUUUUCUAAUACAUUUGACUUUAACAGUGAAACUUUGAAAGAGAAAAGUCAAGUUUGGAUCAUCAAUUUGAUGUUUAGCAGAGAAAAAUCAAUUUUAUAGAUUUAUAAAAGAGAAACAGGAAAGUUUUUUCUUGUUUUCAAAUGAAUAGAGAAAGAAAGGUGAACAUAGUUCACUGAAAAUGAAUUAAAUUGUCCUUAAGGCUUCUUAGUUUAAUUUCUUUAUCGUAUCUCUACUUUUAAUUAGAUAUUUCAUGUAUAUUUUUAAUUGUUAAUGUUAUCAGUUUUCAUCAAUCAUCGAUCAUUGUUGUCGACAUUAAUUAAACAACAAUUUUAAAGGCUUUAAUUUCCUUCAAUUAUCCUUCCUUCUAUUGUGCAAUCAUUUUCCUUUAUUUUUUCUCUUCUCGAUCUCUUUCUAAGUUGAAAAUCAUUUUGAAAGCUUCCAUCAUCAAAUUUUUAUUUAUUUAAUUCUUCUUCAUUCUUACCGAUGUUCACAAAUUGGCAGACAAACCUUGAAAGAUACAAAAUAAAGCCUUAAAUUGGAAUAAAAACAAGUUGAAGAUAUGAAAAGUUUUCCUUGUGAAAUGAAAUUAAGGGUCAAGCAGUGACACAAAAAAUCCCAGUCUAAAAUAAAUAAAGUUUCCUUAAUUAACAUUAACUUAGCCGUGAAAUCUUUUAUCGAACACUUUGUUGAAAUAUCGUUUGACCCUAAAGUCAUGAGAGGAAACUUAAAAAAUUUACAGAUUAUAAGAAAACUAAAACGUGCCUUCUUGUUAUAAUUAUUUAAGUGAUGAGAAAUCAGUUAAUUUCUUGAAUUAGAUUAUAGAAUUAAGACAAUUUGUUUUUCUUGGUCGAUCUUAUGAUUUAUUGCCGUGCAAACUGCAAAUGAUUUUCGUUAGCUUGAACUUUUAAAGACGAUAAUUCAGACAUGCAAAAAAUAAAAUAAAAACAGGCAUUAAGAAAGGAAAAUAGUUCUUGUACAUACAUUUUCACAAAUCCAAGUGAGAGAGAAAGAGAUAAAUCAACA